AUGACACCUAGCUCCUGCGUGAGCUGCCUCGAAAGCAUGCCAGCCGAUGAGCUGGUGAGCUUGCCUUGUCAGCAUAAGUAUUGCAGCACGUGUAUCAGGCAAAUGGUGGCCACGAACAUGGCAGACGAGCAAUUAUUCCCCCCGAGAUGUUGUUCACGGAAGAUUCCGUCAGAGACCAUCAUCCAUUUACUAUCACCAAAGGAAAGAGAGUCAUUUGUCUCUAAAACAACCGAGUAUGCGACGCCUGUUGCAGAUCGCUGGUACUGUCCUGCACCAACAUGCGGGAAGUGGAUACCUCCAACGGCUGUGAAGGCUGAGAAAUCUCAGACACAAACAUGCCCGUAUUGUAGCACGAGGAUUUGCUCAAGGUGUCGCGGCGUGUCCCACAGGUCAGGAGAUUGCUCUUCUGAUGCAGGUCUGUCGGCAUUCCUUGAAGUGGCUCGGCUUCAGCGAUGGCAGAGGUGUUUUAAUUGUGGUGCGGUGGUGGAACUGAUGUUCGGCUGUGAUCACAUUACAUGCAGAUGCAGCGCACAGUUCUGCUAUAAAUGUGGUAAACCGUGGUCUUCGUGCGUUUGUGUCACACCCGCAGAGAGACCUGUAGAUUUUUUCGCGUUUGUGAUUGAUGGCAAUGCGCUGAAUCGAGACGAAGAAGCCGGUCUUACAGCCGUUCUUGCUGCCAUGCUGUGUCAUGAAAGAGAAGCAGAAGAUCCCUUAACUGAUAAAGGGAAUAAGGGAACUCAACGUUGUCGGGCCGAAGGAUGUUGGGUUCGAGGCAGGAAUCUCGAAAGUUGA